AUGGAGGCCAAGGGCACGGACGACAGGGAUGGCGGCCGCGGGCGGCCUUGGAGCAACCUCGGAUUCAGCCCCUACAGCAUCGCGAUCGGCAGCUCCUCCUCAUCAGAAGGUACCAUAGCCUCGACUGGCUACACAUUUACCGGCUCUCACGUCUCCUCCAUCUCUACGGAGGCGUCCAUGGCCAUGUACUUGCCCUUCGACUAUUACGUGUGCCCUGAACAAAUGGAGAUGAAGAGGAAGCACAUGAACAGCAUGGUCCAGGAGUUCUUUGGUGCGCCACUUCCUCAAAGAAAUUCUAAGACGAACUUGCUCAAAAGGAAGUUACUGGGUGCCCAAUCGGCGAACCGCGGCAUCCUCGAGAGGUGGCUCGCGGAGCUGGGCGUCGACUGGGUUCUCCACCUAGCUGAUGAUGGUGGUGCAGCAGUGACGCUGGAGCAUAUCAUCCGUCCACCACAUACACAGAGCUGGAUCCGGGCUCUCGCUGAAAUCACGGAGACCAUCCGCCUGGCGUUGGCGUCGCUCUUCCCGGUCCCGGAUCGCGGCUCCCUGCUAGGCCUGCCCAGCAUUUCUGAGGACAAAGCAGAAGAACCUGAGGCCGAGGUCAGUGGGAGCAAAGCUAGAGCUAGUCCUCCGGAUCAAUUCCAGUAUGCACAGUUUAUCCAUGAAACCAUGUCGGAAAUGCUCGUUUUUGUUGACGUCAUAGUUGCUCCGAAUGCUAAGGCCGCCGCCGCUAUGGAUCGGGGAGGGACGCAACAGCAACAAUACGGUCAGCUCAGCACCCUGCUGCGUGUGCACGAUGCUCUGUCCAGGGCCUUAGCCAAGAUCCGGCUGUCAUUCCAUUCGUCCUCCACUGCUGCACAAGUUCAGAGGAUACAGGGCAAGACCGUCGGCCUCUUGUCAGCUAGGGAGGCCAAGGUGGGUGAGGCCACAUGGAGCACAUUGGAGCAUAUUAGGACCCGUGUCCUGGAGUCGAUAGAGGACGGCGUCGUCGACUCUUCAGAUUCUCAAAUCAGCAUUCACAUGGCCACUCGGUCCGUUACCAGGCACAUCAGCUUCCUGCGCUCUCAUUACUCGCCAGUGAAUGCAAUCCUAUCCGAGGCAGCCAGCCUUGGUAAGUAUGUGCCACAGAUUGGAGUAGUUGGAGACCUAUUUCCUUUGAACAGCAUGAUCGUGGAGUUGGCGUCCUGCCUAGAAGAAAAGCUUGUCAACAUAUCCAAAUCUUUUCCAGAUCAAGCCGUCGGGUUCUUAUUCUUGCUCAACAACUUAAACUUCAUACGGGAGAGGCUCCUCUUCUUAUUCUUGCUCAACAACUCAGACUUCAUACGUGGCAGCCCUCAAACGUACUCUUCUCUCGACGUCCAUGUGGCGGCUCUCUUUGACAAAGUUGAGGGCUACAUUGAGAGCUAUCUGCUAGUAUCUUGGGCACCGGUAUUGUCAUGCUUGUUCAAUCCUACACCUCUUUGCUUCGGGAAACGACAUUAUUCCCCACUGCCUAAGUUCGAGUCUGAAUUUCAGAAAACAUACACCACCCAAAAGCUUUGGAAGGUCCCAGAUCCUCAACUCAGGAAAAUGCUGCGGGAAGCUAUCAUUGAGAAAAUCACUCCAGUCUACAGAAAAUACAUAGAGGAUAACAAUGUUACCGUCCCAAAAUUUACUCCCCAGGAGCUACAAGAGAUGCUGCAAGAGCUAUUCGAAGGGUGAUGAACAUAUACAUAUAUAGUGCACCACCAGGAAUAGUCCACCCUAGUUUUUGGAAUAAAAUAAUGCUGCUGCUGCUGCUGCUUCAAAUGACUUGGCGUACAUCUGAAAGCUAUUUCUGAAGCAGAGCAACAGCUGAAGCAUUAUCAUACGUCAGUUCGAUAUUUAUAUAUUUUAUUUUUAUGUUUGAUAAAACAAAUAUGGAACAGCACUAAGCUCUUUGUACCUGCUGCCAUUUGGGCCUGUAUUAGCAUUAUUAGUGCUAGUUAUAUGCUCUACUUCAGUUCAAACAGCUUGUAUUAGCAUUAGUGAUAGUUAUAUGCUCUGCUUCCAUUUGUGUUCA